AUGGGGUUAACCUUGGUGAAGUUUAAUGAUGAAGCGACUAGAGAUCAUGUCUUAGAGAAUGGAAUCUUGCAAUUCGAUAGGAAACCUGUCAUUAUCAGGCCAUGGACAACAGAUUUGAGUACUAUUAGAUUGAUCCGGUCGGUGCCGCUUUGGGUCCGUCUUCAUGACCUGGGAUUACAGUAUUGGGGCAGCAAGUGUAUUAGCGCUUUGGUGAGCACGAUUGGCAAACCCUUAUUAGUUGAUAAAUUCACUAGGGAACGAUCUCGGGUUCAGUUUGUGAGGGUCUUAGUGGAGAUGGAAAUUACAGAUAACCCUCCCCGAAGUUUACAGUUUGUCAACGAACAUGGACAGAUUAUUGAGCAGGGGGUCGAAUAUGAGUGGUUGCCUACUAAAUGCAAGACCUGUUCUGGUUUUGGACAUUCUAUGGUAGAUUGUCGCAAGAAUGUUAAGUCUGUGCGGGUGGAAAAAGGAAUGGGUUCUAAGGCAGAGACUACUAUGGAGCAGGGAAACACUUCUGAGAAUAAGUCUGAAGGGGAACCAAUUCAGGAGUUGGGUAGAGGGAAAGGAGAAGACAACUCAGUUAUUGACCCUAGUGAUGUUUCUAUUCCAGGGGAGGCUAACAUGGAUCAGUCUAAGGAAAGGGAAAAGGAAGAUACCUAG